CCGGCCGCCCCCCGCCGGUGGCGGUUUAUCUGUCGGGCGGCGGCCGCACUCGGCCAGCAUUGCGUGCCGGCUCGCGGAGGGCGAUGCCGUGGGAGCAGCAGGAGAGUGGUGGCGCCGAGCCCGCGCGCUUCGUGGUGGGGGUGGACGUGGGCAGCACGGUGGUGAAAUGCCACGUCUAUGACCGGGCGGCCGCGGUCAGAGGCUCCAGCUGCAGGAAGGUAGAAUCGCUUUAUCCUCGUCCUGGAUGGGUUGAAUUGGAUCCUGAAGUGCUGUGGGUUCAGUUUGUUUGUGUAAUAAAAGAAGCUGUACAAGGGUUGUUUCAAAUCCAGGGCAAGUUCCUGAAUUCAGUCACCCCAUGGCUGGUUGUUGGCAGAGCUUCACCAAUGUUUGUGCCAGUACAAGAGACAAUGCGGUGCCAGACACAGGAACGACUGGAAGCAGAAGGACGGCACAGGAGCACUUUAAUUUACAGGGCUUGUGGAGCUAUUCAGUAUUACCUAAAGGUGGAAACUACUUCUGACUGCCUCGUCCCAGUGCUCUCUCACUCUGGUACUGGCUCAACCCUUCCAGGAGACAGUUUAGCUCCAAAAUCUGCAGGACUUCACAUGAGGCAAAUUGCUGGUCUUGGUAUCUCAACACAGAGAGCAACGUUCAUCACAUGGCACAAGAGGACAGGGAAACCUUUUCAUAAUUUUAUAAGUUGGCAAGACUUGAGAAGUGCUGAACUUGUGAAUUCCUGGAAUAAGUCCCUUCUGCUGAAGGUAAUCCAUGUUAUUUUUACAGUGCUUCAUUUCUUGACGGGAAAUGAUCGAUAUUUGGCACCAAGUUUUUUUACUUUUUCAACACAACAAGCUUCUAUGAAGUUAUCAUGGGUUUUUAAAAACAUACCUGAGGCUGAAGAAGCUGCUAGAAAAAAUAACUGCUGCUUUGGAACAGUUGACACAUGGUUACUGUAUAGAUUAACUAAAGGUUCUGUGUAUGCUACAGAUUACUCAAAUGCCAGUGCUACGGGCAUUUUUGAACCCUUUACGAAAUGUUGGAACCCCACUUUGUGUAAUUUACUUUCCAUUCCAAUGUCUGUUUAUCCGCCAGUGAAAGACACAAGCUUCAACUUUGGAUCAGCUGACUCUGAAAUAUUUGGGGUUCCUAUUCCAAUAAUGGCACUGGUGGCUGAUCAGCAGUCAGCUAUGUUUGGAGAAUGCUGCUUUCACCCAGGAGAUGUUAAACUGACAAUGGGAACAGGUGGUUUCUGGAAUGUGAAUACUGGAGAGCGUCUCUUUGCAUCACGGAGAGGUCUGUAUCCGCUGAUUGGUUGGAAGAUUGGGAAGGAAGUUGUUUAUUUAACUGAAGGCUGUAUUUCAGACAUUGGCACUUCCAUAAAAUGGGCUCAGGAUAUCAAUCUUUUCACCAAUGUAGAUGAAACAGCAAAAAUGGCACGGAGUAUUGUUGAUUCUCAAGGCGUUUGUUUUAUUCCCGGUUUUCAGAUUUCUGUGAAUGACCCAUAUUUGUGUGCCUCUUUCACGGGGCUGAAACCUUCCACUACCAGAAGCCAUCUUGUACGAGCUAUACUGGAGUCUGUAGCUUUCAGAAACAAACAGCUUUAUGAUACCAUUGUGAAGAAGGUACACAUCCCUCUUCAAACAAUACGAGCUGAUGGAGGUGUCAGUAAUAAUAGUUUUGUUAUGCAGAUGACUUCAGAUUUAAUUAAUAAGAAGAUUGAAAAACCUGCAAAUGCAGACAUGUCUAGUCUUGGUGCAGCUUUUCUAGCAGGCCUAGCUUCAGGAUUUUGGACUGGCAAAGAACAACUAAAGAAGCUAAGGCAAGUAGAAGCAGUUUUUGAGCCCCAGAAGGACUUGGAGGAAUACAAACCUGCUAUGGAUACUUGGCUGCAAGCAAUGAAACGCUCCCUGAACUGGUAGAAUUUGGCAUUUUAAUUAUAAAAGAAUCAAAACCUUUAAUUUGUACUUAGAAAAUCUUCAUGCUAACAGGACAGUAAAAGCCAUCACUGAAAUUUUUGAUGGUAUAUACAUGAAGUUAUACAGUGCUUCACUUAUGCCCAUGCUGCUAGAUUACUUAGCACACCAUAAUGAAUCUUCAUAUUGUCCCUAUGACAGCUGUAGUCCAGCUGCAGCACUUGUGUCCUUUCAGUGACCUCCUUUGGGUGGCCCAGCUGCUCAAAUCCUACCAUGUACUAGAGACAGGGAGAUUUUUCCUAUGAGGGGUUUCCUGCUGAAGAACUCACCUCCCUUUGGAUCUUUUAAUCUCCAGUAUGUUAAUCAUCAAGGCAAGGUAAAAGGCGCAUACACUUCCCUGGGCAUUUCUGAGAAAUGUAAAGUGAAUGUUGUGGAGUUGGUUGUGAUGAACUUGGUUGUGUACAAAGGUGUGUUCUUGUUAGUAGCCAGUCACAGUCUUUCGGUUGACUUUCUAAGGAAGCAUUUGACCCAGCUCUAUGAUGACAUUUUUGUGCACUAAAUUAAGAGUAAAUGCAAAAGCAAAUAAGGCUUUCAGUACUCUAUCAAAACAAAUUAAAAAGAAAUCCAAGAUUUUUGUAGCUAAUGGUUCCUAUCUAGCAAUUAUAAGAAACUUUCUAAUGACCAAAAGUUGUGUUCUCUGGCAAGGUUAAUACACAUACCUUAAAAGUAUGCUAUCUAGCUAAGGUAUGCUAUCUAAGGUAUGCUAUCUAACUUCUAAUAACUUUGGGAUUUCUGAGCCCGUUGUUAAUCCUAUUAGUAUUUUUGGAAGAGGGGUCAAGAGUCUAUUUUUGAAGCUAUGAAUUACUUUUCUAUUUUUUAAAUAAAUUAAAAUUAAAUGUGUACUUAA